CACAUAUUCAAGCCUAAAAUUAGGAGGAUCCGCUCCGCUCCUGUCUUUGACGGCUUGGUCGAACCACCUGCAGUUUCUGGAACGAGGCAGCAUGUUGCGGGCAGCGGUCGUCGCACUCCUCCUGCCAGGCUUGCUAGCAGAAGGUGGCGUGGAGCAGGACUACGAGGUGGGCGGCGUUCCGCCGGAGGAUCCCAACCUCGGUGCCCUGGAGGCGGCCAAGGACGACGCUACACCAAACAGCUUGGUGGAUGAGUGGGACAAGCAUAUGGAGGGCUUCACCCCGGAGUUGCUCCUGACCUUUCCGUUGCCUGGGCGUAGUGACGAGUUCUUCUACGAGGACAUCCCCGAGAAUAGCCCACCUGUGCUCAUCCGUGGCGGAUUCUUUGCGUCGGCCUCGGAGGAGACCUCAACUGUAGAGUUUAGCAUCCAUGAUCCAAAAGGCAAUGUGAUCUUCGAAAAGAAGGACCAGGCGGAAGGUUUGUUCCACUUCAUCGCCAAGCGGAGUGGCACCUACACCUUCAUCGUUAGCAAUCAUAGAUGGAUGGAGGAGAAGAUGGUGACCUUUGCUGUCGGAAAGGGCAAUGAGACACACUUGCAGCCACAGCAUUUGGAGAGCAUGGAGGACACUGUGAAGUGGAUUGAAAAGACGCUGGUUGACAUCCAGACAGAGUCAACUUACCUUUGGAUCCGGCAGAAGUCCCACAUGAAGGCGGUGGAAAAUAUUCACACCCGUGUGUUGUCCUUCUGCGUAGUGGAGUUCUUGAUCUUGAUUGGUGUCUCUGGAUUUCAAGUCUACUACAUCAAAGGCCUGCUGUCUGAUCGGCGAGUGUUGUGAACCCAAAUCACGGCUGAUACAAUCGAA